CCGCCCCCUUAGGGUUCAAGCUCCUGGCGCGCGAGGUCCUGCUUUAUUUUUCUUCCGCGAGUGGAGUUUCCUCUACGCUCCCUGCAGACAUGUUUCCAGGUGUCUCCUCUCCGCGGACCCCCGGGCCGGGGACCCGCCGGGGUCCGCUAGUCGGAAUCGGGCCGGCGUCCACGCCUAGAACGAGCCGAAGGGGUCUGUCUCUGGGGUCUGCAGUUAGCUCGCCGGUGCUCUUCUCGCCGGUAGGCCGGCGCAGCUCGGUGAGCUCUAGAGGAACACCGACACGGAUGCUCCCUCACCAUUCCAUAUCGGAGUCUGUGAACUACGAUGUGAGAAUGUUUGGCUCAUCUCUCCCUGUUAAGAUCAUGGAAGCUCUGACUCUUGCUGAGGCUGAUGAUCAGCUCUCUGUCCACAUAGACGAAGGUGGGUGGGCUUGCCUGGUGUGCAAAGAGAAACUCCUUGUUUGGAAGAUUGCUGUGUCACCUGUCACUAAGUUGUCUGUCUGCAAAGAACUACAGCUGCCCCCUAGUGAUUUCCCCUGGAGCGCUGACCUGGUAGCACUCUCUUAUGCUGUAACCUCAGGUGAAGUACAUUCUGUUCAGGCUGUUGCUGUCAUGGUUGCUACCAAAGAGGGGUCCAUCCGCUAUUGGCCCAGCCUCGCCAGGGAAGACACCUACUCAGAGACGUGUGUGGACCUGGGAGGAGAGAAGAUGUGCAGGUUCCUGACAGCAGUGCAGGGAGGAAGUUUCAUCCUGUCCUCUGUGGGGAGCCAGCUGAUCAGAUUGAUUCCUGAAAGCUCAGGAAAGAUUCACCAGCAUGUCCUGCCCCAGGGCCAAGGCAUGCUCUCAGGGAUUGGCCGGAGGGUUUCCUCCCUUUUUGGGAUUCUGUCUCCUGCUAGUGAUCUCAUGCUGGCCAGUGUUCUCUGGGACAGCGCAAGGUCCAGUUUCUACACCCUGACGAGUUCAAACAUCAGUAAAUGGGAACUGGAUGAUUCUUCAGAGAAGCUGGCUCACAGCUGGGACGUGCACAGAGCCCUGAAGGAAAGCAUUGCCGAUGCUAUUUGGGGAUCCGAAAGCAACUACGAAGCCAUUAAAGAAGGGGUCCACAUUCAGUAUUUGGACUUGAAGCAAAACUGUGAUGGACUCCUGGUUUUGGCAGCAGCAUGGCACCUGGGAGACAGUCCCUGCCUCGUCUAUUACUCUCUGAUAACGGUGGAAGACAGCGGUAACCAAAUGUCAGAUACGAUUACCGUAGAAGUUACUCAGUACAACCCACCUUUCCAGUCUGAAGACCUGAUUCCAUGUCGAUUGAUGGUGCCAAACUUUUCAAGCCAGAUGACCUAUCUUUAUAUGGAGAAUGCGGUCUUUGUGUGCUCCACGGGAACUGGGAAGUUUUCUCUUCCUCAGGAGAAAAUUGUCUUUGAUGCACAAGGCGAUGGCAUUCUGGGCGCUGGCUCCUGUGGAGGUAUUCCAAUCCUUUUUUCUAGGAACAGUGGCCUGGUGUCUGUCACUCCAAGGGAAAGUGUGUCCCUGUUAGCAGAGGACCUGGAAGAGUCUUUGACCUCUUCAGUUGGUGGGCAGGGCAAUGAGAGUAUGGUUUUUGAGACCACAACAAAAAAUGAAACUGUAGCCCAUGAAGAUAAGACAAAACUACUUAAGGCUGCAUUCCUACAGUACUGCAGGAAGGACUUGGGCCGUGCUCAGAUGAUGGCGGAUGAGUUCUUUUCCUCUCACACUGACUUGGAUUCGGACACUGAGUUAGACAAGGCUGUGACUCAGAUCAGCAUGGACCUGGUGGACGACUACCCAGCCUCAGACCCACGGUGGGCGGAGUCAGUCCCCCAAGAGGCCCCUGGACUGAGCAACACAUCACUGAUCAUUCUGCACCAGCUGGAGGACAAGAUGAAAGCCCACUGUCUCUUGGUGGACUUCCUUCACCAAGUCGGCUUGUUUAGACGUCUCGGCUCUUACCCAAUCAGAGGGACACCCAUGACAACCCGCCUGCUGCUCUGUGAACAUGCAGAAAAGCUAUCGGCUGCGAUCACACUCAAAAACCACCACUCUCGGCUGCCUGAGCUGGUGAACGCAGCUAUCCUGCUUGCCCUGCACAAGAGAGAGUGUGAGGUCCCUUCCAGCCUGACUCCUGCUGACGUCUUCUUCCGAGAGGUGUCCCAGGUGGACACUAUCUGCGAGUGCCUGCUGGAGCAUGAGGAACAAGUCCUGCGUGAUGUCGCAUUGGACUCUCAGGAGUGGGCAGAGGUGGCGAUCCACGUGAAUACAGUCCUCAAGGACAUGCUGCAGGCUGCCACUCACUACCGCCUAAACAGAAGCGCCAUGUACAGUCGGGAAGAACCGCUGGGGGAGGAACUGGAGUAUGUGCCAUGGACAGCUACAAGCGGUCCGUCCGGCAUCCGCACAGUCAUCAUGCGCCAGCAUGGGAUCAUCCUGCAGAUGGUGUACCCUCAGGCCGACAGCAACCUCCGCAGCCUUGUGAUGGAGCAGCUGGUGGCGCUGAUCGACUGCUUCCUGGACAGUUACGUUUCCCAGCUGAAGUCGCUAGAGAAAUCCACGGACCAGGAAAGAUACAGCAAUCUGGAAGUGGAAUAUCUGCAGAAAAGAUCGGAACUCCUCUCUCCCCUUCUCACACUAGGCCAGUACCCAUGGGCAGCUUCUCUGGCAGAGAAGUACUGUGACUUUGAUAUCCUGGUACAGAUGUGUGAACAGACGGACAACCAGGCCCGACUCCAGCGCUACAUGACCCAGUUCGCUGACCAGAAUUUUUCAGACUUCCUCUUUCGUUGGUACCUGGAAAAAGGAAAGCGGGGCAAGUUAUUGUCUCAGCCCGUUUCUCAGCAUGGACAGUUGGCAAAUUUCCUGCAAGCCCAUGAGCAUCUCAGCUGGUUACAUGAGAUUAACAGUCAGGAGCUAGAAAAGGCUCAUAUGACACUGCUUGGUUUGGCAAAUAUGGAAACCCGUUACUUUGCAAAGAAAAAAACUCUUCUCGGCUUGAGUAAACUGGCUGCAUUAGCUUCAGACCUCUCAGAGGACACGCUGCAGGAGAAGAUUGAGGCAAUGGCUGAGCAAGAGCGCUUCCUGCUCCACCAGGAGACCCUGCCAGAGCAGCUGCUGACCGAGAGACAGCUGAGUCUUAGCGCGAUGCCUGUGUUGACUGCCCCGCAGCUCAUCAGUCUGUACAUAUGUGAGGAAAACAGAAGAGCCAAUGAAUAUGAUUUUAAGAAAGCCUUGGACUUGCUGGAAUAUAUUGAUGAGGAGGAAGAUGUGAGCAUCGAUGAGCUGAAGCUGGAAAUCCUGUGCAGAGCCCUGCAGAGAGACGACUGGUCUAGUUCAGACGGCAAAGAUGAUCCGAUCGAAGUCUCUAAAGACAGUGUGUUUGUGAAGAUCCUGCAGAAACUUAUAAAAGAUGGCAUCCAGCUCAGCGAAUACUUGCCAGAGGUGAAGGACCUACUUCAAGCAGAGCAGCUGGGAAACCUGAAGUCCAACCCUUACUUUGAGUUUGUUCUAAAAGCAAAUUAUGAAUAUUAUGUCCAGGGACAGAUGUGACAUUUGUAAAAAAUGGUUGUUUCUAAAAUUUGUAUAAAUGUUUGUUUAUAAAAAUUUGAGUCUACAAAAACUA